UUGUAAAUAUCUAAGGUCUGAAAACUACAUUUUUUUAAUAGUUAUUUUUUAUUGUGGGACUGCAGUUCAAACUAUUUCAGUCCGUAUGAGCUUUUUAAAUAUUCAUUUAGUUGGUUUUACAUCUCCCUUCCCAGAAUCUUGGUUUCUUUUUUAAUUUGAUUAUUUUUUCGUUUUUGCCGAAAGGAAAGCGAAAAUGAAUUUACUCAUCACUCAUAGGGCGCCUUUUCCUGUCUCGAGCACGCGCGUGAGAGGGACGUUGGCGCGAGCCAAGUUUGAAUCUCCUCGUGAGGUAAAACGGACUCAACGGCUCGCUCGGUGGGGGAACUUGGAAACUUCACGAAGAAAAGCGUCUUUAAACUCUGUUUUACUGAAGAGGAGCAGUUUUAUUUACGCAGUAACGACAAAGAGUUGCCAUGGCAUCCACCGCGCUAGCGGAACACCUGUCCUGUCCUGUGAGCUACGACAUCUUCAGGAGUCCCGUAGUUCUCUCAUGUAGCCACAGCUUCUGUAAAACCUGCCUGGAGAUGUGCUGGAGGACGAAGGAAGGUAGAGAGUGUCCUCUGUGCAGGAAGAGAUCCUCCGAGCCUCUUUGUAACCUCGUUUUGAAGAACCUCUGUGAGUCUUUCUCAAAAGAGAGCGAGAACGGAGUUACAGCAGAGUCCACACAGCUGUAGUUCACACAGGGAGCAGCUCCAACUCUUCUGCAUGUAUGAGGAGCAGCUUGCGUGUGUAAUUUGCCAGACUUCUAGAAAACACAGGAACCACAGCUUCGUUCCAGCUGAUGAAGCAGCUCAUGAUACGAGGGUUGAUCUCAAGGCUGCACUGAAGAUCCUGAAGGAGAAGUUGCAGGACUUUAAGCAAGCUAAAGAAACCUGCGAUCAAGAAAUUCAGCACAUUAUAGCUUUAUUGGUGAUGGAGGUGUGCUUGCUUGUGUGCGUGGUAUUUGGUGGAUGUUGCCCUGAACUGGAAUGGGCUGGUGGAGGCUGGAGGUCUGCACGUCUGACGUUAUUCGAUUCUGUCACUUUUGGUCUCCUGAUCCUGAAACAACAACAACAACAACAACAACAGCAACAGUGUCAGUAA